AUGGCUACAGGCAAGAACAAGAAGUAUAAGGCAGGAAACGUCAAGAAGGGCAACAAGCGUAAGAUCGCUGAGCCAUUUUCGAAGAAGGAGUGGUACAACGUGAAGGUCCCAAAGAACUUUAAGAGAAGAAAUGUUGGACAAAUUGUAGUCAACAAGACCACUGGUACAAAGGUUGCUUCAGACCAAUUGAGAGGAAGAGUAGUCGAAGUCAAUUUGGCCGACCUUAUGGAAAGUGAGAAGUACGGAGCAUACAACUACAAGUUCAGAUGCGAGGACGUCAAUGGAAAGGACUGCCUCAUGGUCUUCCACUCAUUGAAAUUGACCACUGACAAACUUAGAAGCAUCGUCAAGAAGUGGUGCACUUUGAUCGAGACUUCUGUUGAUGUCAAGACCACUGACGGAAACACCAUCAGAGUCUUCUGCAUUGGUUUCACCACUAGAAAACCAAGUCAGAUCAAGAAGACUUCAUAUGCUAAAAAGGGACAAGCCAAACUUAUUAGAAAGAUCAUGGGAGCCAUCAUCACUAAACAAGCCAUCAAUAAAGACUUGCCACAGUUCGUCGACUUCUUGAGAGAGCCAACUCUCACCCAAACCAUCAUCCAAAGAGCCGAAAAAAUCUUCCCAAUCGACAAUGUCUACAUCCGUAAGGUUAAGAUCCUCAAGUCCGGUAAAAUCGAUUCUUUGAAACUCCUCGAACAACACCAAGACGCUAAUGAAGUCGUCGAGUCCAUCCCAGCUGAAGAACCAGUCGAAGAAGAAAUCAAGGAGGUGGCCGAAGAAGAAGCUAAACAAGCCUAA